CCAAAGAAGAAAACUAAAACAGGUUCUCAGACCCUCUCUCACGUUUCCAAGUACAGUACAGUGUAGUGAAUCAAGCCCGGGUUGUCUGUUCAGCACUUGCUAAGCUCACAUUCGUUCGCAUCACGCAACAGAGAUGUUUGCCUGUAGAGCGGCCUGGCGAAGGUGUGGACCUUUAGCCAAGAGAACAACCUUCAAACUGCUUCGCGAGGGUUUGCAACAGAGGCAAAUGUCAUCAACACCUGGCGGGUCUGGGGAAAACAUUCUUUACACUGUGCUGUGUGGUGGAGCUUUCGUUGGUGCUGUAUCAUAUGCUUUCAACACUGUGUCCACUGACAGUGCCAGAUUCAAUGAACGCAUUUCUGAAAUUAAUGCUAGACCCAAGAAAGAAUGGACGCCUAAACCAUGGCCUCCUAAGAGCCAGGAUGUUGAAGAUGGGGAUGAAGAGGAACAAGUAGAAGAAGCCAGUGAAGUUGCAGCUGCUGAUGAGUCAGAGACUGUCGUGGAAGAAGUUGCGGAAAUUGUCGUUGAGGGUGCUGAAGGUGUUGCCGAGAUUGCAGAAGAGGUUGCAGCAGCUGCACAGCAAGUGGAGGUCAUUGCAGAUGAAGUAGCCCCAGUGGCCGAAGUUAUUGAGGAGGCUGCCCACGACGUCGCGGAACAAGUUGUCGCGGAGGACCCCAAAAGCAAUGUGGUGCUGACAGAUGAAGUCGAAGAAGAAAUGGUAUGUGCUGGAAUUGUUGAUGAAGCAGCAGUCAAUGAUGUACCUCUGCCCCCAGAAGUAAUGGAAUUCGUUGAGACCAAACCAGCAAUGCUGAAUGAGGAGGCAGCCCCAUCACCGGUAGAGGCUGUAUUGGCAGUCGAAAAAACCGUGGCACAAAUAGAGGCUGUACCAGCGGUAGAGCAGGUCCAAACCCCGGGAGAGCAUUCAUCAUUGGUCGAGAACAUUCUGCCACCUCCGGAGGCUCCACAACUGUUUGAGCUUGCGCCAGCAGUGACGGAGGCUCCAAUACAUUUGCAAGUCGCACAAGCAGCUGAGGGGUCCAUAACACCACAUGACUUCACGCUGGCAGUUGAAGAGUCCUCAGCACCGGUUGAGGUUUUACCAACAGUAGCUCAGUCGUCAGUGGUGCUUGAGGAAGUGCUCACACCUGUCUCAGCUGAGGAGGCCUCUGUGUUUGCGGAGGCUGCACCGGUGGUUGAGGAGACCUCAACUCUUGUCUUAAUGACACAAGCUCUUGAGGAGGAUCCAACACUGGUGGAGGAUAUACCAGUGGCUGAAGAGGCCUUGGCAUCUGUUGCGUGUUUCCGAGCAACUGAAAAUGUCCCGUCCCCAACUGUCCCUGCCCAAGUGGUUGAAGAGGCCCCAAACAUUGUCGAGGUUGCACUUGUGGUGGAAGAAGCUUUGCCACCCGUGGAUUCUCCCCCAGUAAUUGAAGAGACGACAUCAGUGGUCCAGGCACCCCCCACAACAUUACAGGGCUCACCGCUAGUUGAGGAGAUGACGUUGCCACUUAAAGCUGAAACAGCAGUGGCAGGUGUUCCUCCAGGAGAAGAAACAAAUGUUGACUUGGUUACCUCGAUGGUGGAAGAAACAUCAUCAUCUCUGGGGGAGGCUCGAGAAAAAGAUCCCAAACGAGAGUACAUAGUUCUGGUUUUGGAAGGAACAGUUACGGCAGAAAAGUCUGCUAAAGUGCUCGGAGUGGCACCAAUGAGUGGAAGAAUCAUCCCAGCACCAGAAGAUGAGGAUAAACGACAUCUUCUCAGGAUCCAAAUGCAGUAAAUUCAUCAAAGAAAACGGUUCUGGAGUGAUGCUUCCUGUGUAGCAGAAGAAGAGGAAUUUGCCUGUUCCAACUUUUAUCUUUAACAAAUACACAAAUGUGAUAUAAAAGGGUUGACUAGCUUACCAAUGUGAAGAAUACGGUAUAUGCAAGAGUGAUUAUUCAAAUUUUCAAAUGCGCACAGGCAGAAUUCUUGGUACCCUUUUAAAGAAAGAAAAAUCCACAAUGUCAUUGAAAUAGAACAUUUGUCAAAAUAUCUACUGACAAAUCCGAGACCUUCUGGGAGAAUAUCUUUUGGAGAAAUGGGGAAACUAAACUGGAGCUUUUUGGUGAGUCAGCUCAUCCACCCAAAACUCGCUGCCAAAAACACCCAAGAAUAGCCACGGAUGCAAAUUUGGACUGUUGUUAAAUCUCUGAUCUGAAUCCUGUUGAGCAUCUGUGAAAAGUGCAGAAACAGGCAGCCUGGAGAAGGCACCCUUCAAACCAGACCAUGCCGAAGGAGUUUGCUUUCGAGUAGCAUGCCCAGGUUUCCUUGGCAGUUUUUUGGGGUUUUUUAAAA